CUGGCGGAAGGGAAAAAAAAUUGAAAGAAAAAACAGACUACGAAAAGAUAGGAGUCCGAAUACAGAACCGCUGCGGCCUGCGGGAUGAACCAUAAUGCCACAAAAUUAACAUGGCCAUUACCACUAUGGGAAGCGCAGACCACUGAACCAUCUUGCCAUAGCUAUUUAGACAUAUAUACGCUGUGGUGGGCUAUAACCCUACUUUGGCUAGGCAUCAAUAGGAAGAAGGCAUCACCAGACAUGCGAGGCAGCCUUAUUCUAUUCAGUUGCUGUCUUCCAAGCACAGACAGGUGCACUUCCGUUGGACGAAAUCCGACCCCAAGUUCGAACUCCUAACAAGGGUCCCGGGCUUAAUGGUUGAUGGGUAUUCAGGUA